AUGGAAAGUGACGCUCGACCAUUCUUUGAUGGAAGGGCCACUCUCAAAGUGGACAAAUGUCGUUCAGGGAUGGCAAUACAGAGAAAAGUUGACAACCGAAAGGGUCGUUUCAAAGAUUUCCGAAAAGUUCCGAAACAAAUCCGUGACGAACUCGGUGAUGAUGUUCAUGACUUUGAGAAUUUUGGGAUCAGAUUCCGGAAGAAUUGGGACGAGAGAAAGUUGGCUGUUAGAGCAAAAAGAUUCAAAUUGAACAACCAGCGAUUGAAGAGGAGAAAAGCCGAGUUCGCGAAGAGGAUUGGGAGGAAGAGGGCAAUGUUCAAAUUGGGACAACAUCCAUAUAUGCAUUUGGAUGAUAACGAGUUCAAGGGGAUGCUUGAGCCUCUCGAUCUAAAACCUGAACGGCAACACUUCUUCAAACAGAUGAGACGGGGUGGACGAAGAAAUCGACAAAGAAAUCGACAAAGAAUUAAAAGGGAAGACAACACUGUCACAGAGCUUCCGAAAGAGUUCAGUUGGGUUGAGAAAGGAAUGACAACCGACGUGCGCACUCAAUCAACUUGUUCAUCUUGUUGGACUUUUGCAACUAGCGCUGUCGUCGAGACAGCUUACGCAGUGAAAAACGGUGGAGAAAAGCUCGAUCUCUCAGAACAGCAAUUGAACUGUGUCUACAGUCAGUCAAUUUGUAAAUCUGGUUGGCCAGAGGGUGGAUUGAAUUACGCGAAAUCACACGGAUUAGUCUACGAAGCUGACGUUCCGUAUGAUAUCGAUAACAACAAUGGAAGCUGUUUAGAAGCUAAACCACAAGUGAAAGUGAAAGAAUUCUACUCAUUGAUCCCAUUCGAUAUGAAUGAAGUGAAGACUGAGGUCAUGAAUAGUGGACCGGUGGCAUUUGGCAUGUAUCUGACCGAGGAUUUCCCAAUGUAUGGAACGGGUGUCUACACAGAGCCUUGUAGUCCGGAUAAAACCGUGCUUGGCGGGCACGCAAUGGUCAUCGUCGGAUGGGGAGAAGAGCUGAACGCUGAAACCAACGAAACAGUUCCCUAUUGGGUUGUGCGAAAUUCGUGGGGUGAUGGAUGGGGAGAAGAUGGACAUAUUAGAAUUCAAGCUGGUGUUGAUCUCUGCAAAAUGGAAUCCAGAUAUUUAUGGUCGGCUGAGUUGACCGAUGAUAAAGUCGAGGAUCGACAAGAGGACAAUGUAGCGGAUCCGGAAAAUGAAAAAGAUGAUCUAGCGGUGGAGAUUCCAUUGAAUGAAGAGGACGAGGAAGUUGAUGAUGAAGAAACAACAACAGUU